AUGGCAGCAGCAGUUGGUACCGCGGGUACUACUGGUGGUACGAUGCUCAUGUUUGAGGAGUGGUUGAAGAAAGUGUUGAAGGAUGGAACUUUGAAAGCAGAUCCGGGGGGGGAGGACAUUAUGGCAACGUUGAAGGCAGAUUUGGAAGAUGCAUGGGGGAAAUUGAGCGGCAGCUUAACAAGGCAGGAGUCCUAUGAAAUACGUAAUCUCUGUGAUAAGGAGAGCUGGGGGGGGAAUGCUGUCGAGGGACAAUAUAAAAAAAUAUUGUGCCAAGCUAUAUUAGAAAUAAGGUAUUUCAUGAGUGGAGUGGAGACGAGGAGGAAGGACGGGGUACAGGAGGAUGAGGUCACUGUUGAGGACCUUACCGAUGAGGAAGAGCGUCGGCGCUGCGUUGUCGGAGCUGCUGCCCUAUCUACCAUUUAUGAUGAUCACUGUAAAUUAAAGGAUGUCAUUGGAGUAAUGGAGAAGAACAUAACGUCUGCAGUUGACACUACAUUAGGGGACCACUUAAGCAAGAAGAACAGGAGCCUUCAGGACCAGUUGGAUAAGUGUAAACGAAUUACUCUGGAGGAGCUGAUCCUAGGCAGAGCAGUACUUAGGGACACAAUCAAACAGUGGAGAGUGGACCGAAGGAAUGAGCGGAAGGGUUGGAGGGUAGGGGGAACUUUAUGGGAUGAUUGGAAACGGGUUUGUCCGGACGGGAAGCCAAAUGCGAAUGCAGAACAAAUGCAGAAAGCGCAGAAGGAAGCGAAGGAAGCUAAUAAAAGCAGUUUAGCAUCUUCCGUUAAAGUUGGAACUGCCACCACUGCCCCCACUGCGGGAGAACCAACCAUGGCAGACAUAUUGAGCAACGACGACUUAACUUUAGAGUUGGCCACAAUAGAGAAGGCACUUGAGGGUGUAAUAAAGGGUGACACUGUGGACCCCACUGAACUGGUCAAGGCAAUGGAGAAGAUAAAGGAAGCAUCUAAAGAAAAAGCAG